UUCACACAUCCUCAAUCUAAUGGUUUUUGAUGCUGAAACUGGUUGAUGAGGAUGUGAGCUUCUCGCUCCAGAAAUGCAUUUUGGGUAACCUCAGUGGUUCGCGUGCGGGGGGUGUGGGGAUUCAAGCGCUCGGCUUCUGCUACUAAAUAAACACACACACACGCCUAAUUUAUCAGUUAAUAACACAAUCAGACUUGGCAGUUAGCGAACAACCGUAUGAUGUCUAUGGGUGAGAGCUAAUAGCUAACGGGAGCUAACACAUUCUUAAACACGUCGCCUGCAACCCAGAUCUGUUGACAAUCGGAAAGGAUUUAGAUUUGAUCCAUAAUCUAACGAGAAGGAAACCGGGUGGAGUGGAGCUGGAAAAUGGAAAAGCAGUUGUUUGGAGGAGUCGCCGGUGGAGAUAGCACUGCGCAGCCGGGAGUACCGAAUCGAAACAAGCCUCGGACAUUGGCCACCUCUGGGUCGAAACAGGAUAGCGUGGAGACAUUGGACAGUCCUACAGGUUCUCAUGUAGAAUGGUGUAAGCAGCUGAUAGCAGCCACCAUCUCCUGCCAGAUAUCAUCUGUACCCGCUGACACUGCAUCCGAAGACUGCAAGCCUCCAAGAGACGGAACCAAGCAAGUCCAGACGGAUGAGGUUCCACUGGUACCGGGAGAGACCAUCAAGGCUGUGGCCAAGGAUGUGAUGUACAUCUGUCCCUUCACGGGUUUGGUGACCGGAACCCUCACCAGCACCAACUAUAAACUAUACUUUAUCAGCCUGGAGAGGGAUACUCCGUUCAUCCUGGAUGUGAACCUGGGAGCGAUCAGCCGCCUGGAGACCAUCAGUGUUCAGAGUCAUGGAGAGAACACAAGGGGCAUGGAGAUCGUCUGUAAGGACAUGCGUAGUCCCAGGUUUGCCUAUAAGGAGGAUGCCAGCCAACCAGAGAUAGUAGAGAUUCUGGCCAAACACGCCUUCCCCCUGUCAAACGACCUGCCCCUGUUUGCCUUCCUGUAUAAGGAGGAGUUUCCUGUGGAUGGUUGGAAGGUGUAUGACCCCAUGGCAGAGUACAAGAGACAGGGUCUCCCCAACGAGAGUUGGACCAUCAGCAAGAUGAACAGUAGUUAUGAGGUGUGUGACACCUACCCUGCCCUGGUCGUCAUCCCCACCAGCAUCAAGGACGACCACCUCAAAGGAGUGGUAGCCUUUAGGGCCAGGCAUCGCAUACCGGUGUUAUCGUGGAUCCACCCGGAGAGCCAGGCCACUAUAGUCCGUAGCAGUCAGCCUUUAGUGGGCCCCUCUGACCGGCGUUGUAAGGAGGACGAGAGAUACCUCCAGACCAUCAUGGAUGCCAACGCUCAGUCUCACAAACUCACCAUCUUUGACGCCCGACAGAGCAGCGUGGCAGACAACAACAAGGCUAAGGAUGGUGGUUAUGAGAGUGAGAGUUUCUAUCCCAACGUAGAACUCAACUUCCUGGAGAUCCCCAACAUCCACGUGAUGAGAGAGUCACUGAGGAAACUGAAGGAAGUGGUCUACCCUAGUAUAGAUGAGGCUCACUGGCACUCUGCAGUCGACCAGACACACUGGCUAGAGUACAUACGGCUGCUCCUGGCGGGCGCCGUGCGUAUAGCUGACAGGCUGGAGUCUGGUAAGACCUCUGUGAUGGUCCACUGUAGUGAUGGGUGGGACCGGACGUCCCAGCUCACCUCUCUGGCCAUGCUGAUGCUGGACAGCCACUACCGCACCCUGAGAGGAUUCCAGGUGCUGUUGGAGAAGGAGUGGAUCAGCUUCGGACACAAGUUUGCUGCGCGUGUGGGUCAUGGGGAUGAGAACCAUGCCAACUCGGAGAGAUCGCCUCUCUUUAUCCAGUUUAUCGACUGUGUCUGGCAGAUGAACAGACAGUUUCCUGCUGCGUUUGAGUUUAAUGAGUUGUUCCUGAUAACCAUUCUGGACCACCUCUAUAGUUGUCUAUUUGGUACAUUCCUCUACGACAGCGAACAGGAAAGAGUAGCCAAGGAAGUCCAGACAAAGACAGUCUCUCUGUGGUCCUAUAUCAACAGUCAACCAGAGGACUUCACCAACCCGUUCUAUGUGGACUAUGAGCACCAGGUCUUGUACCCUCUAGCUAGCGUCAGACACCUGGAGCUGUGGACUGGCUACUACGUACGAUGGAGCCCCCGUAUGAGGCCGCAGAUGCCGGUGCACCAGAACCUGAAGGAGCUGUUGUUCCUGAGAGCAGAGUUACAGAGGAAGGUAGACGAGUUGGAGAGGGAAGCAUCUUCAUCACGCGGCUCUCUCUCGUCUUCGUCAGAACACACAUCAUCACCCUCACACAGCGGGGGCACGCCCCUACACACCAUUGUUUAAUACAGUACACACAUACCAUUGUCUAACACACACA